GUGCCGCUGUGAGUGUGUGCUUGUGUGAGUUUGUGUGUGUGUGUAUGUGUGUGUGUGUGUGUGUGUGAAAUGGGCUGCAGGAUUUGAAUAGAGCGUCAGCAGCAGUGUGCAGAGUUAAAACCGAGAGCCACAGAAGAGGAGAGCAGACAGACGAGAACCGGCCGGAGAGACACACGGAACACGCACUCGAGAACCGGCCAGAGAGACACACGGAACACGCCGUCUGUGCGGAACUCACUGCUUGUUGAAUACAAGUGUGUGUGUGUGUGUGUGUGUGUGUGUGUGUGUGUGUGUGUGAGACGGAAUAACGCACAUGCGUUCACAGGACCAAGAGCAACUGCAGUCAUGGGGGAGAUGGUAAAUGCCUGGUUCGCUGAGCGCUGUCAUCCUAUCCAGACGUCGUCUAGGGAGGGGUCACGACCCCUGACGGAACUCUGCCCACUCCUGCCUGACCUUUCACCCUCCCCAAGCCCCGCCCCCUCCACACCCACACGCAAGAUCUCCGCCUCCGAGUUUGACCGGCCGCUUCGGCCAAUCAUAGUGAAAGACGCAGAGGGGGCCCUGACCUUCCUGAGCGACACUGAGCCCGUGCAGAUGCCCCUUCCCACCACCCGGUCUGAGGAGGGGCCAGCAGGCGGCGGCGUUGGCGGCGGUGACCGGUGCUCGCGGUUGCUGGAGCUGGUGCGUGACGUCACCAGCCACCUGGACGUUCCGGCGCUGUGCCACCGCAUCUUCCUGCACAUCCACGAGCUGAUCGCCGCCGACCGAUACUCGCUCUUCCUGGUGUGCGAGGACUCGUCCAACAGGAAGUUCCUGGUGAGCCGGCUGUUCGACGUGGCCGAGGGCUCCACGCUGGAGCAAGCGUCCAGCAGCUGCAUCCGCCUGCCGUGGAACAAGGGCAUCGUGGGAUACGUCGCCGCCACCGGCCAGCCACUCAACAUCAGGGAGGCCUACGAGGACCCCAGAUUCAAUGCAGAGGUGGAUCAGAUUACUGGCUACAGGACCCAGAGUAUCCUGUGCAUGCCUAUCAAGAACCAUAGAGAUGAGGUGGUGGGUGUGGCUCAGGCCAUCAAUAAGAAGUGUGCAGAGAACAGUGUCUUUACAGAACAGGAUGAGAAGGAUUUCUCCGCCUACUUGGCCUUUUCAGGAAUCGUGUUACACAAUGCACAGCUGUACGAGACCUCACAGCUGGAGAACCGACGCAACCAGGUCCUGCUAGACCUUGCCAGUGUGAUCUUUGAGGAGCAGCAGUGUUUGGAGACGUUACUGAGGAAGAUCGCAGCCACCAUCCUUUCCUUCAUGCAAGCCCAGAGAUGUGCCAUCUUCAUCACAGAUGCAGAGAAUAUGAACUCCUUUUCCAGUGUAUUCUGCAUGGAUUGCGAGGAACUCAAAGGAGAAGUGGAGUUCACCAGCAGGUACAGAGAACACGAUGCCAAUAAGAUCAACUACAUGUAUGCCCAGUAUGUGAAGAACACUAUGGAGCCUCUGAACAUCGCAGACGCCACUAGAGACCAGCGCUUCACAUGGACCAGUGAGGACCCUGAACCCUCCUGCAGACAGAUCAUGAGUUUGCUAUGCGCCCCCAUACGCAAUGGCAAGAAGGACAAAGUCAUAGGUGUGUGCCAGCUGGUGAAUAAGACAGACGAGGCGUCGGGAGACGUCAAGGCGUUUAACCGUAAUGACGAGCAGUUCCUGGAGGCGUUCGCCAUCUUCUGCGGCCUGGGCAUCCAGAACACUCAGAUGUACGAGACCGUGGAGAGGGCCAUGGCCAAACAGGCCGUCACACUGGAGGUCCUCUCCUAUCAUGCAGCUGCAGCAGAGGAAGAGUCAAGGGCUCUCCAGGUAACUGCGGCGGGGACCAUCCCCUCGGCCCAGUCUUUGCGGCUGAUGGACUUCAGCUUCAGUGACUUCGAGCUGUCGGACGCCGAGACCACUCAGGCCGCCAUGCGCAUGUUCGUCGACCUCAAGCUCGUGCAGAACUUCCAGAUAAAAUACUCGAAUCUGAGUCAGUGGGUUCUGAGUGUGAAGAAGAACUACAGGAAGAACGUGGCCUAUCACAACUGGAGACACGCCUUCAACACCGCUCAGUGCAUGUUCGCUGUGCUGCGCUCUGGGAAACUACAGAAUAAGAUGAGUGAGUUGGAGAUCUUGGCCCUGAUGAUUGCGACUCUCAGCCACGACCUGGACCACCGAGGGGUCAACAACUCCUACAUAAAGAGGAGUGAGCACCCUCUCGCCCAGCUGUACUGCCACUCCACUAUGGAGCAUCACCACUUUGACCAGUGCCUUAUGAUCCUCAAUAGCCCAGGCAGCCAGGUCCUGAGUGGUCUGUCUCUAGAAGAGUACAAGGCUACUCUGAAGAUGAUUGAGAAGGCCAUCCUGGCCACCGAUCUGGCUCUCUACAUGAAGAAGCGGGGGGAGUUCUUUGAUCUGGCCCACAGCAAUGAGUUUGAGUGGGAGGAUGGCAAUCACAGGGAGCUGCUCAGGUCCAUGUUGAUGACGGCUUGUGACAUCUCUGCCAUCACCAAACCCUGGCCAGUCCAGAAGAAGAUAGCUGAGCUGGUGGCCACGGAGUUCUUUGAGCAAGGAGACAAGGAGAGAAGAGAGUUGAACAUCGAGCCCAUCGACCUGAUGAACCGGGAGAAGCGUGAUAAGAUCCCCAGCAUGCAGGUGUCCUUCAUCGACGGCAUCUGCACUCAGCUCUAUGAGACACUGUCGGGCCUGUCUGAGGACUGCCUCCCCCUGCUGGAGGGCUGCAGGAAGAACAGGCAGAACUGGCAGCUGUUGGCGGAGCAGGGCGACGAGGCUGACCUCAUCAACGGCUCCCUGUGAGACAUGCACGGGGGGCAGGGGUCACACUCGAUACGCACGACCCGAGAGUGUGUUUGUGUCUGUUUACUCCACAGGGCAUAUUCCUGUUCCACAGGGCGUGUUCCGAUUCCCUAAGUUCCACAGGGCGUGUUCCGAUUCCCCAAGUUCCACAGAGUGUGUUCCUAUUCCCUUGUCCACGUUCCUUUGACCCUCCAAGGGCAUGUUCAACAUGGUCCAACUCCACACGAUCACAUUCCUUUGGGCAUGUUCACCUCCCUCCAGCAGUGCACCCUCUUGCCCUUUCCCAUCCCCCACAACCAGGACACCCGCUCAGUCUGGCUCGGGCCUCAUCCGGAUCGGCGUUUAGUCCCGACCUGAUCGGCACCAGAGAGGACCCGAUUGGACCCACCGCGAGACUGACAGCCCGCCCCCCCAAAACCCCCCAACCCCACUAAGAGGUGGCAUUGACACUAAGCUUUAUUUAUUGCCAUAGUUUUAUUUUUUAAACUGUAAGUUUGUGCAGUUCACUUUCACAGGUAGCUGACAGGGAAGUUAUUUAUACAUUUAAGAAUGUUUACACACACACAUAGCACAACAUUUCAGAAUGUUUACACACACACACAGCAUCGUCCACACUGUAGCAGCAGCUAGGAGUACCCAAGAGGGCAUGUCCAUACACACGUCUGUGUGUGUAUGUUAACAUUCUACAUACACCGUUGUGUGUGUAUGUUAGAUUACAGUGUAGCAGGUAGGUACACCCUAGUGUGCAUGUGCACACACAUCUGAGUGUGUGUUUGUGUGUGCGUGUGAACACCGGUCUAAACACACACAUAUCUGUGUGUAUGUAUGUUAGUAACACUUUUCAUGAGAAAUACUGUUUUUUGUUUGUCACUUUACUGUGCCACAUACAUCUUAUAUUAACAUUUAUUAUCUAUAAAACACAUGAAGUGGCCUUCCAGACGAGAACAUGUGACAACACGUUUGCUUCAUUCAGCCGAAUCUAAAGAUUAGGGACGAAUCCCAGCCAAAUACGGACCAGAAUCUAAAGCAGAUUAGGGACGAAUCCCAGCCAAAUACGUACCAGAAUCCUCUACUGCCUGACAACCAAAACUAAACAUGACCAACGCAGUCUUCAGUCAGUCAGUAGCAGAGAUUUCAGGUGUUUGCCAUGUCAAUCACAGCAAAACCAGAGUGAGAGUGUGUGUGCGUGCGAGUGUGUGCACGUGUGUGUGUGCUCAUCUCUGGUGAGGCAUAAAACAGUUCACAGGUCGGCCGCUCUUUUACACUCGUCUCUCAGCAGGUGUUUCCUAUUCAGUCACUGUGUGUGUGCGUACACAUGUGCUUACACAGGUGGGGGAUGCUAAAGUGUGCUCCCAUUCACACACACGCGACUGUUUGAUGUCCCUGAAUGAGGUCUAAACGAGUCGCAGCGAAGCAGGCAGGCACCUGGGAAACCAGCUCUCUGUGAUCAAUGCCAACGUGAUUACCAAAUAAGAACACAUUUGUUCAUUCAGUCUCUGUGUGAAUGUGUGAGAGAGAACAUGAACAAUACUAUUUCUGAAGCCAUGACAACUGUAAGGCAACAUUAGAGCACUAUUUCUGUGUGUGUAUGUGUGUGUAACAGCUGUAAGGCAACAUUAGAGCACUAUUUCUGUGUGUGUAUGUGUGUGUAACAGCUGUCAGGCAAAUGCAAAAGGACCCCAACUGAAGCCAUAACAGAAGUGACUCAUGUCUAUUUUUAUACACAAUGGAGGGAACAGACCACACACACUCUGGUUCUCUGGCAAACACUGCUUUGGUCUAAAUUUAGACCAAACGUAUCCAGAACUGUUCUACACCAGACCAAACCAGUGCUGUAUCCAAAACUGUCUAAACCAGACCAAAACGGUUCCACGCCAGACCAAGAAGGGUUCUGGACAGGUUCCGUACCCUGGAAGGGUUCCCCUCAGGCUGAUGUUCUCACAUGUUCUCCUGGAAGCUCUGUCUCUUGGAGCUGCUGCACUUUGUAGAGGGCUGUCACUAGGGCUGCUAUUUUCUACUGAACUUUUCCAGAGCCUUUAUUUAUGAACCUGUCAAAUGUUUUUUCUCUUUUUAAACAUACAAAACUG